CUUUUUCUAUCUUCUUCAACCCAUUACACAUUUACACCCAGGAAUUCAACAAAAUACAGAACAGUUUUUUAUUUUCUCUGUGAGAUAGAAAAGGUUUUCUAGAGAGAGGGAGAAGGAGAGGGAGAGCAAGAAGAUGAUGUUGCGUUCGUGCUUAUGCAGACCUCUGGAGAGGUGUUUUGGGAGAAGGGGCGGCGAUGGACUCAUGUGGAACAUGGACCUCAAGCCUCACGCCUCUGGGGACUUCUCCAUCGCAGUCGUUCAAGCCAAUUCUUCUCUUGAGGAUCAGGGUCAAGUGUUCACGUCGCCCUCCGCCACCUACGUCGGUGUCUACGACGGCCAUGGCGGCCCUGAAGCUUCUCGAUUUGUUAAUAAACAUCUAUUCCCUUAUCUCAACAAAUUUGCCUUGGAGCAGGGAGGGUUGUCGGCGGAUGUGAUAAAGAAGGCGUUUAAUGCGACGGAGGAGGAGUUUCUACAUGUGGUAAAGAGGUCGUUGCCGGCUCGGCCGCAGAUUGCAUCGGUGGGGUCCUGUUGUCUAGUUGGUGCGAUUUCGAAUGGUGUACUGUAUGUAGCGAAUCUAGGGGACUCGAGGGCGGUUCUUGGGCGGAGAGCUUCGGAGGGAAGGAAGAAUCCGGUGGUGGCAGAGCGUUUGUCGACGGAUCAUAAUGUUAGUGUUGAGGAAGUAAGGAGGGAGGUUGAGGCGCUUCACCCGGAUGAUUCGCAUGUUGUGGUUUAUACGCGUGGUGUUUGGAGAAUUAAGGGCAUUAUACAGGUUUCAAGGUCUAUUGGUGAUGUUUAUUUGAAGAAACCCGAGUUUAACAGGGACCCGAUUUUCCAGCAAUUUGGAAAUCCUGUCCCUUUGAAACGUCCUGUAAUGACAGCAGAACCCUCAAUCCUAAUUAGAAAGCUUCUGCCACAAGACUCAUUCCUAAUAUUUGCGUCAGACGGUCUAUGGGAACAACUGAGUGAUGAAGCAGCAGUAGAGAUUGUCUUCAAAAACCCAAGAGCUGGAAUAGCUAAGAGAUUGGUGAGAGCUGCACUUCAUGAGGCUGCAAAGAAGAGGGAGAUGAGUUACCAGGACAUCAAGAGAAUAGAAAAAGGAAUAAGGCGCCAUUUCCAUGAUGACAUCACUGUGAUCGUGAUCUAUCUGGAUCACCACAAGGGCUCCAGUAACAGACGACCUAAGCACAGUACUGUUAACGGCACCACCAACGCACCUACUGACAUCUUCUCGCUUAAAGCCCAUGCAGGGGAUGAGGAUCUGCUGCAUACCUUUUCAUGAGCAAACAAACCCAAGUAGGGGGCAAGCACACUGACUCUGUUGUGGUAAAUGUUAUUAAUUAUACAAUAAUCAAAGACACUGCGAAGAGGUGAAUUGGUGCCGGAGCAGCCAGGCAGUUGGGAGCCACGAGAAGAAAUUUUGUAGAUAAAUGAGUCACUGAUGGAUGCUGAUAGGUGGAGGCUAAUCCGUACACUUUGCCAUAGAUUUUUUUUUUUCAAAAUUAUAGUUGUAAUCUUCUUUCCUCUUAUUCUCUCUUGGUUAUUGUAUGUGAUUGUUACCUUUGUCAAUUGAAUACAUAACAGAUUCUCUUCAUAC